GGAAUGUCACAUGUCUGGCUGGUUACACUCCUGCCCCUUUAAGAGGGUUGGUCUAGUGUAUAUAAGCGGAGGGCAGAGUGACGGAGGAGCAGACGCUGUGCUCCAGGGAUGGGAGAACCACAGACGGACAUGAGCGGCUCCUCCAGUCGUGGUCACCCCCAUUUUACAUUUGGGGUGAUAGCAGAUAUUCAGCAUGCAGAUAAACCAGAUGGAUUGAGUGGCUGGAAAACCAUGAGAUACUACAGCCAAAGCUGCCUCCACCUCCAGGAAGCCAUAACGAAGUGGAACGCGGAGGACAUCAGACCCACAUUUGUGUUGCAACUUGGAGACAUCAUUGAUGGCUACAAUAAGAGAUGCGAAAAGUCAGAAGCUUCACUUGAAAUGGUUCUUACCAUGAUUAAGACGGCCAAGAUGCCUUUCCACCACAUCUGGGGCAAUCAUGAAUUUUAUAACUUUACUCGGGAUUAUUUAAUGGACUCAAAGCUUAAUACAACUUGGCUGGAGGACAGAAGACAAGACGAACUCGACCUUAGGAGUGAAGGAUCCUCAAACAACAAGGACUAUUACGCAUAUCACUUCAGUCCUCACUCAAAGUUCAGAAUCAUUGUUAUAGACACUUAUGAUUUAAGUGUCCUUGGCCGAAAAGAGAUGAGCGAUGGACACCGGAAGUCUUUAGCUUUCUUAGACAGCAGCCAAUAUGACUUCAAUGGUACACAAGGUUUUCACCUGUUGGAGUUUAAUGGUGGCCUGGGAAAAGAGCAGUUGGCAUGGCUGGAUGGGGUCCUCACGUAUUCUGACAAGAAUGGCGAGAGGGUGAUCAUUGCCGGUCACAUCCCUAUCCACCCAAAAGCCAAAAGGAGUCUCUGCUUGGCUUGGAAUUACGGUGAGAUCCUCAGAACCAUCCAGUCUCACCAGAGCGUUGUGUGUUAUUUUGCUGGGCAUGACCACAGUGGUGGCUACUACCUGGACUCCCAUGGAAUACACCAUAUCACUAUGGAGGGGGUCAUUGAGUCACCCCCUGGUACCAAUGCCUUUGGGACGGUCUUUGUGUAUGCAGAUGGGCUGCUUCUACGUGGGAGAGGGAGGGUGAAGAACCGCUUCUUACCAUAUCGUAUGGGGGCUAAGACUGACGCCAGUUAUGUCACAUGUUCUGGAGGAAGAAAGGACACUGAUGUCUCGAUGUGUCAAAAGUAACGAUGGACCCGUCUAAACAAAUGGCAGAGACCUCGGAAGAAAGGGGAAGGGCGCAGACUCUCUGUAUUAAGAUGGUUAUUGUUUUAAGAGUUUUUUUUUAUUUUUAUUUAUUUUUUAAAGUAGACAUCAGUGCCGUACAGUGCCCUAAAUCACUCAUCCGUGCCUUACGGUAACAUACACUUCCCAAAUGAUACAAUGUAACGCCGUUCAGGACCUGAUUCAGUCACUAGUUCCAUCAUCUGAAAAAUAAAGGCCUAGGACAUAAAAAUGUAAUCCUGCCAAUUCCAAGGCCUUCCCAAAACCAUGGCAUUACUGCUGUAAAAUGCAGCCCUGUUCUCACUGACAAUAUCACAUCACUGCUCCCCUACAAGACCAGAACACCCGCUUACUGAAAUACUCUGUGCUGCUUAUUUGAGUGUUGUUAAACAGUGGAGGCCUGAAAGGUGGGAACAACAAAUCUCAAAUCAGACUUCAGAUUCAUCGCUUAGUAGUCUUAUAAAAAUGUGAGAAUGAAGGCAGAAAACGGAUUAUGAGCUCCCUGUGUAUUGCUGUAUCUAAGUAAAUUUAUUUUAUUUAUUUCUUUUGUGCACUUAUAUAGCGCUACUAUAUUCUGCAGCGCUU